AAGUAACUGUGCGGUCUUCCUCCCCUGCCGGAGGAAUCCAAUAAACCCUCCAUCUCUCGCAUCGAUACGGAGGAAUCCACAGCGUAGUCGCCGACGAUGGAGCGGAGCUCGAACGAAGACUUCUCAGUGCUGGUCCUCGCCUCCGACCUGGGCGUCGACGCCCGCUCCCUCCUCUCUCCGUCCGAGCGCGUCGCCGAUGAGGUCUGGCACGAUUGCCCUGACGAGGAUUUCUCCGAUCUUGACGCCCUCCAGGCCCUCCGCGUUGAGGGAUCCGACAAAUCCGGCAAUCGCAUCCUCCGCAUCGUCGGCAAGUUCUUCCCAGCUCCGGUUAUCAGUGGGGAGAGGCUGAAGAGGUAUGUUUGCUUCAAGCUGCGCACGGAGCUGGCGGAAGGUCCGUUCUGUGUUUUGUAUGUUCAUAGUACUGUGCAAUCGGAGGAUAAUAAUCCGGGAAUCUCUGUGUUGAGGUGGAUUUAUGAGGAUCUUCCUUCGGAUUUUAAGGAUAGGCUUCAAGUUGUCUACUUUUUGCAUCCAGGGCUUCGAUCUUGGCUGUUGCUUGCCACUCUCGGCCGCCUCUUCUUGAGUGGAGGGCUGUACUGGAAAAUCAAGUAUGUCAGUCGAUUGCAGUAUCUGUGGGAUGAUAUAAAGAAAGGGCAGGUCGAAAUUCCAGAGUUGGUGCAACGCCAUGAUGAUGUUCUUGAACAUAGACCAUUGACAGAUUAUGGCAUAGAGCCAGAUACACUCCAUAUAACGGAGGUGCCUUCUGUUGACUACUCAUUUGGAAGGUAUGAAGAUAAAUGGGCUCCGCGACAAUACAUGUGAUGCUACUUACUAAAUGCUUACAUGCUCAUCGUAUUAUUGUGGUAGUAUGAAACAUAUGCUUUUACUUCGAAAUUGUACGACUGCAGCUGUGAGGUAUGUAUCUAUUUAAAAGUUGCUUGUAAUGCUUGUGAACUAUGUGAUGCGUUUCUUCAAGCCGAUUUGAAAUAAUGUGGUCAUAUUAAAUGUUAACUUGCUCAUGUUUUACAAGUUUUAACAAGAGAUAGUUAUGGAACUCUGGAUAAAAAUGUAAAUAUCAUUUUCUGGCCUUUUGUUUGA